UCAUUUCAAAUUGGACGAACAAAUGCGCUCAGCGCCACCUAGCGGAAUUUAUAGGAAACACAUUACAAAACAUCGGCUUUCCAGGGAUCGGCACGUCACUUUACAUCAACUCUUUGCUUCAUCCGUCCGUGUUCAUUAAAAGGCAAUUCUUUUUCUGCUAAUUUAACAUAGCAAUUCAGCCAGAAACGUUCAUUUAGUGGAAUGCAAUAGGUAACUGUAUAAAAGGCGAUACAAAAACACAUAGAAAGCGAAAAGAGCAGAACCAAAAGAGCUGUCAUUCCAGUGGUACAGCAAAAACCUACAGGAAGUCCAUUUCUCAAGACAAAACCAAACCGUGAAGUCAUCACGCUGUCAACAUAAAACAUUCAACAUGUCGGAAGAGAAAGCUGAAAGCUCCUCAUCCCAGGAAACGUGCAUCUACACCGUAGAAACCAACCCAUCCGGCAACGGUCAUGAAAUCCAUGCAGACAUUUUCCAUGUCGUGCCACCGCAAAGGAAGAGAAAGAUACAAACCAAGGGUACAAGAAUGACACGCACCACACAACCUCCUCCGAAAACGGGAGAGUGUGUCAAAUCCAGCUACAAAGCGUGUCUGGUGUCGGCUAUAAAGAAAAUGGUACUAGUAGACAAACUCGAAACGGAGAUCCUAGCACGUCAUCGUAAUUUCACCUUGAAAAAUCGCGAACAAACAACUGCUCCCAACGAUCCAACCAACGCCAAUAGUGGUGCAUAAUCUUCCAAUCCCACAGUCACACAGAGAGAAAGAGAAAGACACCACUGCUCAUCAGGUAUUAAUUGUUAAUCGAAUUUAUUGCUUCAGUACAACAGUAAAAUUAGUCCUAACAUGUUUGCCUACGAAACGAAGAACGAAUUACACAUGACAAAAAAAAACAGUACGUCCCCCCUGUCGCUGCGAACUGGCGUGCGUCCUCGCUCUGUAUCCCGAACCCGAACAACAGCGGUAAGUGCAAGGGAGGUAGCGAAUUAGUUUGUGCUAGUUGUAAGUGGAUAUCCACCAAUCAGGCGUAAGUUGUUCGCUAAGUGCCACCCCGUGCGAGCAUGUUAAGUAGCUUCGGAUAAGGGCUUGGUGCGUCUACAUUCGACAGUUGCGUCGCUCGCCGGUUCGUCUACUAAGUUGUUGCUGUUUCAAGUUAAGUUUUUGUUAACCAGUAGUGCGUUAAAAUUAGGCAGGAAGAAGGGACCAACUCAAUUACAAACAUACUAAACAACGUACGAACAAACACAUUCACAUUCACUGCCAUCGUUGGCAUAGAUGCAUGGUACAGCCUACGUCAGCCAUUAUCCUUUUGCAAAGAGGCACCGUUUUUUUUUUCUCUCUCUCUAGUUUUUGUCACAUGAUUAUCCUGCAAAAAGGUACAGGAAGACAGUACAGGAUCCACUACAACCCGCUUGGAAGGCUAUCGCGGACACGAUUGUCGUUACGCGUUCAAUCCCGCUUGAUACGGAUGGUUGCGGCAAAUCCGACGCAAUCACCGUGCCGCCUCAAUACUUUUACUUUCGCUUCUAAUUAUCAAUAAGUAAGGCAAUUUGAUUGUAUUUUCGCUUUUUGCUUUCCUUCGGGCUUGCUUCCAAUAUUUCUUUUAACAAUUGCUAGCUAAAACUCGUACACAAAUAGUUCCAAUCGCACGCUGGAGCUAAGACACCAAGCCCGAGCUCGCGUGUCGCACAUAUCCUAAAUCGAAUUGGUUUUGCUUCUGCUUGUUGCUGCAGAAAUUUGUUAGACAACAAAAGCUUUGUGUUUUGCCAAAGAAAACUGUGAUACAGCAAUGGGACCCGGCCGAUCUUUGGUCCAACUGCCACAACACCAUCCCGAAGCAACGGCUCAAAAGAAUACAAACGGAAAGGGUUAAUUGGGAUCUUCCCCUCCCUAUGGAUAGGGAGAGGGACACGAUUAUACAGUAAACGCUAUACUCUCUAAUCAACUAAUGUUAUGUACAGUACAACAAAAGAGUCAAAACGAAGAUUAAAGUUUACACGUAAAACAAGUAAAAUUA